AAUUGAUAUUAUCUCAUCCGCUACAAAAGAAUAUACGAAAUAUCUGCUGCUGACUUCCGUGAAGACAGCAUUGAGAGAUCAUCGGGAAAUAAAGUAACGAUGCGGGUCGAUAAGCGCCCCGACGAUACUUCAUCCUCGUCCACCUCAUGCUUCGCUCACUUUUGGUCAUCCGCUAGGCGGUCCAAACCUCUAGCUCCGCCGUCCGAUGCCGCCGUCCGGACAGUCUCCGGCGAGGGCCUAGUACGCCGUCUUGGCCUCUUCGAUCUCAUUCUCCUAGGUAUUGGCGCCUCCAUUGGAGCUGGAAUCUUUGUCGUCACCGGUACCGUUGCCCACGAUGCGGGUCCCGGUGUCACUAUCAGUUUCUUAAUUGCAGGACUAUCCUGUGUUCUCAAUGCACUCUGCUAUGCUGAACUUGCGUCACGCUUUCCUGCAGUUGUUGGUGGAGCUUACUUAUACACAUACACAGCUUUUAAUGAGCUUACUGCUUUUCUUGUUUUUGCUCAGUUGAUGCUUGACUAUCAUAUUGGUGCAGCUAGCAUUGCACGUAGUUUAGCAAGCUAUGUAAUUAAUGCAUUAGAGCUCAUUCCCUUUUUCAAGGAUAGCAUUCCCAACUGGGUUGGGCAUGGUAGUGAAGAGUAUUUGGGAGCAUUUUCUUUUAACCUAUUAGCUCCAGUUCUACUUAUAGUUCUGACAAUAGUUCUAUGUCGGGGUGUUGGAGAAUCCUCUAUGUUGAAUUCAAUAAUGACAGUGACGAAGGUAGUUAUUGUUAUCAUUGUCAUCAUUGUUGGAACUUUUGAGGUUGAUGUUUCAAAUUGGACCCCAUAUGCUCCAAAUGGUUUUAAAGCAAUAUUAACUGGAGCAACUGUGGUAUUUUUUGCGUAUGUUGGAUUUGAUGCAGUUGCUAAUUCUGCUGAAGAAUCUAAGAGACCACAGAGAGACUUGCCAUUAGGCAUAGUAGGGAGCCUCCUGGUCUGUAUAGUACUAUACAUUGCUGUCUGCUUAGUGAUUACUGGGAUGGUCCCAUACAAACUCCUUGGUGGUGAUGCUCCUUUGGCUGAGGCUUUCAAUGACAAGGGCUUGAAAUAUGUAUCUGUGCUGAUCAGCAUUGGUGCUAUUGCAGGACUCACAACAACUCUUAUGGUAGGGCUUUAUGUUCAGUCACGACUGUAUCUUGGGCUUGGAAGGGAUGGUUUAUUGCCUUUAAUAUUUGCUAAAGUGCAUCCAACAAGGCAUACUCCUGUUCAUUCGCAAGUUUGGGUUGGGAUCGUUGCCAUCAUUAUGGCUGGUCUAUUUAAUGUGCAACUGCUUUCGCACAUUCUUUCAGUGGGAUCCUUGACAGGAUAUUCUGUUGUUGCAGCUUGUGUGGUAUCCCUCCGUUUAAAAGAUAAGCCUGUGAAUCAGGUCUCCGCAGGGUGUGUUUCAAACAGGAAUGAAGGCAUCAUUUGCCUCACCUUAGUUGCCUUUUGUGGGUUUGCUGCUGGAGUCCUUUACCGUUUUGGUGCUUCAUUUGCUUUUGUGAUUGUAGCUGCAGUUAUUGCCAUCAUUGCUGCCGCGGCUCUUCAUUUCCGGCAAGUUUAUACUAAUCCACCGGGAUUUUCUUGCCCAGGAGUUCCAGUUGUACCUGCUGUUUGUAUCUUCCUGAACAUUUUUCUUUUUGCCCAGUUGCACUACGAGGCCUGGGUGAGAUUCGUUGUUCUGUGCAUCAUUACAGUUGGUUGUUAUGCACUUUACGGGCAGUAUCAUUCGAAUCCUUUAGGUUCAAGCUCUUUGGUUACUUACCAUAGGGCACCUUCAGAUGAAGCUAAUGCUUAAGGCUCUUAUAGUGUCCUUCAAUGCCAUUGUAAUCUCCUUUGAGGAGAGUCAACUGUACUGUAUGUUGUACAAUAACUUCUUGGAUUAAAAUGCUGGAUGUUUGGGUGUAUACUAUGUGUAUUUGCUUGAAUAACCGCUAUUCCGAUCACUUUGGAUGA